CGUCGUGCCCGCGCCCGUUCUCGCUCUCGCUCCCGCUCCGGUCGCAGCACUCCCUCCCCAGCCCCCAGCCUCCGGCCCCCGGGCGGGCGAUGGUGCCGCGGUGCUGGCGGAUCUGUGCGGCGGAGCGGAGGGCAUGAAGGAGGAUGGAAGCAGAGGACGAGGUGUCCCUCCGGGAGCAGCAUUUCCACAGCCAAGUGCGGGAGUCCACGAUAUGCUUUCUUCUGUUUGCUGUUCUCUACAUUGUUUCAUACUUCAUCAUCACAAGAUACAAGAGGAAAUCAGAUGAACAGGAAGAUGAAGAUGCCAUUGUCAACAGAAUUUCGCUGUUUUUGAGCACCUUCACGUUAGCAGUUUCAGCUGGUGCUGUUUUGCUUCUUCCUUUCUCAAUAAUCAGCAAUGAAAUCCUCCUUUCUUUUCCACAAAACUACUAUAUUCAGUGGUUAAAUGGCUCCUUGAUUCAUGGUUUGUGGAAUCUUGCUUCUCUCUUUUCCAACCUGUGUUUGUUUGUGUUGAUGCCUUUUGCCUUUUUCUUUCUGGAAUCAGAAGGGUUUGCUGGGCUGAAGAAGGGAAUCAGAGCACGAAUUUUGGAAACUGUUGUUAUGCUGAUUCUUCUUGCACUGCUUAUUCUUGGAAUAGUAUGGGUAGCGUCUGCUCUCAUUGACAAUGAUGCUGCCAGUAUGGAAUCAUUAUAUGAUCUCUGGGAAUUCUACCUACCUUAUUUAUAUUCCUGUAUAUCAUUAAUGGGAUGUUUAUUACUUCUUUUAUGCACACCAGUUGGGCUAUCACGAAUGUUUACAGUCAUGGGUCAGCUGUUGGUGAAACCAACAAUUCUUGAAGACCUGGAUGAACAAAUUUAUAUUAUUACACUUGAAGAAGAAGCACUUCAAAGGAGACUAAAUGGGUCAUCUUCAUCAGUGGAAUAUAAUACAAUGGAACUGGAAAAAGAGCUUGACAAUGUGAAGGCAAUGAAGUCAAAAUUAGAGAGACGAAAAAAAGCUUCCGCAUGGGAACGGAAUUUGGUGUAUCCUGCUGUCAUGGUCCUUCUUCUUAUUGAAACAUCUAUUUCAGUCCUACUCGUUGCCUGCAACAUUCUUUGCCUCUUGGUUGAUGAAACUGCAAUGCCAAAGGGAUCGAGGGGGCCUGGCAUAGGAAAUGCUUCCCUUUCUACUUUUGGUUUUGUGGGAGCAGCACUUGAAAUAAUUUUGAUUUUUUACCUUAUGGUGUCCUCCGUUGUCGGCUUCUAUAGCCUCCGCUUUUUUGGGAGCUUCACUCCCAGGAAGGACGACACAACUAUGACAAAGAUCAUUGGAAACUGUGUUUCAAUCUUGGUCUUGAGUUCUGCGCUACCUGUAAUGUCAAGAACCUUGGGAAUUACUAGGUUUGAUCUUCUUGGAGAUUUCGGAAGAUUUAACUGGCUGGGGAAUUUCUACAUUGUGUUAUCCUACAAUUUGCUGUUUGCUAUUGUGACAACUCUGUGUCUAGUCAGAAAGUUCACCUCUGCUGUACGAGAAGAACUUUUCAAGGCUUUAGGUCUUCACAAACUUCAGCUCUCAAACAAUACAAGAGACUCAGAAACAACCAAAUCUUCUGCAAAUGGACAUCAGAAAUCACUGUGAGAGACACAAUCAAUAAUCUUUUACAGUCAGAAGAACUGAAAAUUCCGACCUCAUGACAUUCCUGUCACCGUCAUCAGAAUAUUUUUUGUACUAAAUUUUGGUUCAUAUUUUGAGCUCCAGCUUGUAAAUGUCAUUUUCCACACUGUACUUGUGAGAACCUGGUUACUUCAGAUUCGACUUUUUCUAGUCUACUUUUUGAUCUACGCUGUACUUACAUGUGAUACAGUUUCCUUGAAGACUGGAAGCUGAGAAGAACAUGGAAUUCCUUUUCUGCAGACAGAGUAUAUUACAUCAAUAGAUAUAACGUCCUUAUUACCAUGUUUAGGAAAAUGCUGUCUUUGCCUAAUAGGAAAAUGCACUUAAAAACAGAUUUUGAGGUAUUUAACAGAUUCAUUUAAAGUCCAUCACAAACUGGACCAAAACUUAUAUAAACAUUAAUAGAAGAUGUUUUUGAAAGUAAGUGAAGAUCUCACCCAAAAUGCAGUUUUUAAAUGCUUGUGAAUGUCAGUUAUUGUAAUGUAAGUUGCAAUAGAACUAGUGAUUAGCAUUCCAGAUUAAUAUUUGAAAAUUACUUUUUAAAGUUUUCUAUAGGUUUAGUUUUACAUAAUAGAAGCGUUAGCUUCUGUUUAUUGUUACAGACUAUAUGGAUCAGCUGAUGAGCCCAAGGGACAAAUACUAACUUCCUUCUUAAACCUGAGCCUGGUAUGUUUGUUAGAGAGCCACAGAAAUGUCUUAUGUUUUGCAUUAGAAUAAGCUAUGGUAAAAAGUAUUAUGUAGUCACAUUCGCUCUAUGAAAUUGUGUCUGUUCUAUUCAACAUUACCUCCCAUAAUAGUGGCCAGUGUGGGAAUCCCACUUGUCAUUUUGAUUUUACCUUAUAGGCUUCAAGUACCCAUGGUUUUCUUGGCCUUUAGGUAAGCUAACAUCAUUUCCCUAUUCUUAUAUGGCCUGACAACUGAAAUAAGCUGAAAUAAGCCACUUAAAUCACUGAGGUUUUUAGUCCUUAGUUACUGUUUCAUAUACUAAUAACAAUGUCAGGCUUUAAAAAAUUUAAAUCUGGCACCUACAAUCCAUGCAGAAACAGAUUUGGUGUAAGAAAAGUUUUGCAGUGCAGUGUGAUCUAAGUAAUAAUUUUUAAAAUUAUCUAUUUCUAUCAGACGAUUUUGCUGACUCUAAUGCCAUUGAUUGAAAAAUAUAAAAUCUUAUUCAACAUUAUCAUACAUGUGUAAAAUGCCCAGAAUCCUGCAUGUAAAAUGUAUAAUAUGGACACAUUUGCACACAAUUCAUAUAUAUGCAAUUUAUAUAUACACACAUGCACUAUGUGUAUGAGAAUAGAUUGUCUGUGUUCAGACAAGGUUACUAAAAUGUUUGUUUUUCACAUUGCUGAACUUAAGGACGUGUGUGAGUGUGACUGGUUGUGUGUGUGUGUGUGUGUGUGUGUAUGUUUGUGUGUGUGUUGUGUGUGUUUAUUUCCAUAAAACUGGAAUGUGUAUAUUUGGCAUCUUAAACUUUGCUUUUAUUUAGAACCCAGUGAUGAGGAAAUGACUUUAACUUUGUAAGAGUCAUCUGUUUCAUGCAGCCAGCUACUGUUCAGUUUUCCCUUCCCUUCAGAGAGAUCCAAAGCCUAUCAAAUAUAUAGUAUGGGUUUUGGGGGGAAAAAAAAAGAACACUCAGUGUUUCUAAACACCACAAGAAUCCAGGACUAGUGAAUUUCCUGAAGCAGUCUUAUCUGAGUGGAGAUAGUACCAAGAAUAUGAAGUCCAUAGAUAAUUAAUAAAGAUCAGCUGCCUAGCUACUGCUUUCUUAUUUCACUAUUAAUAAUCAUUUAAGCACCAGUUAUGUGCAAGGUAUUGUACAGGAGAUUGGAUUACAGUCCCUGCCUAAAGGAUUUAUGAACUGGACUUAACAGAUAAGAUCAGAUAAAGGCAAUAAGAGGGAAAUAUUCUCAGAAGCCAAGAUGAUUAUGUUGUAUGGUCUUUAGAAGUGUCUAUAGCAUUUGAGAUUUGCAUUGUAUACCCAAGGGAAGAGUUCUGGGGUAUGGGCUUGCUAUCAAAGAAGUGGUGAGUAAAUUAUCUUCUCAGAAAUUGUUCCUAUUUGUUAAGCUUUUGGAAUGUAUAGAUAUUUAUUUCCAAAAUGGAUAUGAGCAAGAAGCAAGUGGUAUACAGUAUGCAAAGAAAUUUUUCUUUCAUAUUUUAAUCUUAUUUUUUAAUUCUUCUCAGAAGAGAUGAGGGUGAUUGUGAUGAGCACAAAUCAUUAAAUGAUUCACAGCUUACUACAUAAUCACAAUAGAUUUAGAUCCUAAAAACAACCACUCUGUUUCUAAUAAUUUAUUUUUCAAAUUGUUUCUGAAACAUUUGCUAUUAAAGUUCAUCUACCUGAGCCCUCCCUACCCCCCAUCACCCCAUUUUUUUUUUUUUGCACUGAAGGUCCAUGACGGGAGGGAUUACAAAAUAGCCAACCAAGAGUCUCCAUCACAAUCUUCCUUUCCUCUCUGAUGUCUGUUAGUGGGAGAGAUUUUGCUACAGAAAAGAGGCCCACAUGUUAAUUGUUACAUCCAUUUUUAUUUCUAUUUAGAUAGGCACUGAUAUGAGACUAUGCUAAAUCUAGAGAUUGCUUUAUCAUGCACUCCCCCCGCCCCCACAUUCCUGUAUCUGUUUAAUGGAAUGUUAAAAGCUCUAGUCACAAAGGUUUCUUAGAUUAACACACUUAAAUGGGAGAAAGAUACCUGAAAUAGCCCUGGGAGGAGGCAGUGUGAUAUGGGAGAUCAUUAUGAAUUGGUUCUUCACUAUUUUUAAUCAAUUGCAUAAAGUAUUUGAACCAAUGUCUGCUGCUUUGUCAUGAUAUUACCCAAAUUUGACAUCCACUUAGCCCCUUAAUGUACACUCUGUAUACAAAUAAAUUUUCUACAUACAAAAUCUCAGAGCUAAGUGUGGAAAGCAAUUCGUGUAUAUUUUAUUAAACCAUCCUUUGAACUGCCAUAAAUGACUGCUUGGAUAUAGGUGAUGUGUUCUUAAUUGUUUUGACUCUUGAGUUGCAUUAAAGGUGCUUGUAGAGCUGAUCUUGGUGACAUUAACAUCUGCCUCAUUUAUUGUGAGUGAUACAUAGGUAGCCUUCUUUCUCUGUUGCCCCAGUGUCAAUGUACCCUAAAUAUGACCAAAAUGGGUUUAAAAUUCUAUUUAAGCUGGUUAUGUGGCUUUGUUGUUGUUGUUGUUGUUGUUGUUGUUAGCACAGUAUUUUAUGCACAAUGGCAGGACUCUUGUAAUAUGAUCUUUUUUGUUUUGUUUGAAAAAUGUAAGUACAUCUACAGUAUUGACUUUUUAAACUUUUAAACUAAAAUCACACUGUUGUGAUGCUACUUUACAAAUUUUCGAACUCCCUGGUAAAUGAUUCUUGUUUAUAGAUUGUACUGUAAUAUUUUAUCUUUUGGUCAUGUUUGUUCCUCUGAGAUACUUUUGAGUGUGACUGUUUUAAAAUGUCUUAGAAAUUAAAGAGUUUUACAAAAAGUCAUUUCAUAUUCUGGUUUGGAAGUACUGAAGAAAAGUAUUUUAAGAUCUUAAAUACAACAAUAGCAAAAGUUUAAAUGUAUUACAGGUUAUUUUGAUUUGUAUUAUAUAAUGGUAAGUCAUAUACACACAUAUACAGAGUGUGUGUGUAUUCUGGGAACGUUACUUAAUACAGCUAGUUUCUUAAAGCAUUUAAUAGCGAUUCACUAUGUCUAAUAAAUGUAGGUAUAUAAAUAUAUGGGGUAGAUAGGUGAGUGCUAGGCCUCAUCUUCCUGAGUUCAAAUCUGGCUUCAGACACUUUGGUAUCUUUGCCAGGAAAACCCUAAAUUGAGGGGUCAAAAACAGUCAGACACAACCGAAAAUGACUGAACAAUAAUAACAUGUCUAAAGUAUUAAGGCUGAUUUUUGUGUGUGGAUUAUAGAAAUUUCAUUCCCUUAGCCACGCAUGUAUAUGUUUAGAUUGUAUUUAGAAACUUACCUAUUUGUUUAUAAAGAGUACCUUUUAGCUGGAAGGACUUUUUAUAACGUUGGUUAAGUGAGCUAUUCUCUCUGGGCUUGUUUUCUCAGUUUUGGACCAGAAAAUGAUCUCUAAGGUCUCUUCCCCCUCUAAAAUUCUCUGGGCCUUCCCCAUAGGUGCCACAUAGCUAGCCA